AUGGAGACGACGAGAUCUAUUGAAAUAAAUGUGACGUCAGCAAAAGGGCUUGAGAAAGUCUCUAAGAUGGAUGUUUUCGUGGCUGUCAAGUUAUCCGGCGAUCCCAAAUGCUCCGACCACCGUGAGCAGCGGACACAAGUGGCUAGAGACAGUGGAACAAGCCCCAGGUGGGUGGACGGCGUAAUGAAAUUCACCAUCGACCAAACUUUAGCUGAGGCCAACCGGCUUGUGCUCACAUUCAAGAUCAAAUGCGAGCAACGUGGAGGAGGAGGUGAUAAAGACAUUGGCGAGGUUCACGUUCCGGUGAAAGAGCUUUUGGAUCAUCUCGGAAACGAUAAGGCCGGUCAAAGAUACGUCACGUAUAAGAUCAAGAAGGCUAACGGAAAACAAGGAGGCGAUAUCAGUUUCACUUAUUCCUUCACCGGUCCGGUGACUGCUACGAGCGGUGUGGGAUGCUCACGGUACAUAGCUCAUGAGCCGGUGCGUCCCCCUGCAGCUACGUACCGGCCAGUUUCGAAUGGACCCGUGUUGAGUCAGUUGCUUCCAAGCGUUGGAUCGUUUAGCUAUGGUCACGUUCCUUCUCAUCAGCCACCGGUUUAUCCACCACAGGCUCAGCCGGAGAUUCCGCCUCCGGCAUGUUUCCCCGGCUUGUAUCCACCUCAUGGUCAUGGCUAUCCGAUGAGUUACACACCGGAAAGGCCACCGACAAUGUAUACAUCUAUAUUUCCUGGCUUACCAUGUCCACCUGAAGGCUAUCCUACACAACCGGCACUAUAUCCACCCAUGAAUCCUUACAGAUUUUAACGGGUCGCCUCGUCGGUGCAAAGUCGUUGAUAAGGAGAGUUGUAGACAUUUACUUCUUUCUAUUCACUUUCUAUUUAUUUGUUCAAACUUCAAACAGAAAAAAAAAAUUGUUUGCUU